GUAAAAGCAGCAGCAAUGUUGUCCAUAAAUCAAGUUAUGAUAGCACUGGUGGUCUUCCUUUUGGUUAUGCAGUUUUUAAAGUUGCAACGAGCACGGAGAUGCCUUCCUCCUGGACCGAUCCCUCUCCCCGUUCUUGGCACCUUGCUGCAGCUGAACUUCCAGAUCAAUCGUGACUGCCUCAUGAAGUUGGCAAAAACUUAUGGCAACGUGUUCACCUUGUGGUUUGGAUGGGCCCCAGUGAUCGUGCUGAAUGGAUUCCAAGCAGUGAAGGAUGGUAUGACCACACAUCCCGAAGAUGUGUCUGGGAGGCUGGUGUCUCCUUUCUUCAGAGCUAUGGCCAAAGGAAAAGGGAUUAUGUUGGCCACCGGUCACACAUGGAAGCAGCAGAGGAGGUUUGCACUGAAGACUCUCCGCAACCUGGGCCUGGGGAAGAGAGGUCUGGAGCAACGAGUGCAAGAAGAGGCCCAGCACCUGCUGGAAUUCUUUGCAAAUUUGAAAGAGAAACCUCUGGAUCCUUAUUAUCCUCUCAUCCAUUCCGUCUCCAAUGUAAUUUGUGCUGUUGUUUACGGACAUCGCUUCUCCAGAGGGGAUGAAACCUUCCAUGAACUGAUCAGAGCCACAGAGCAUAUCUUCAAAUUUGGAGGCAGCCUUCUUCACCAUCUGUAUGAAAUCUUCCCCUGGCUGAUGUGCCGUCUCCCUGGUCCUCAUAAGAAAGCAUUGUCUUGCUAUGACAUUCUGAGCUCUUUUACAAGGAGGGAGAUCAGAAAGCACAAGGAGAGAGAGAUACCAGAUGAACCGCAGGAUUUCAUUGACUUUUAUCUAGCUCACAUUGAAAAAUCUGGAAAUGAGCCCAAGUCUACAUACAAUGAAGAAAACAUGGUUUAUUCUAUAAAUGACCUCUUCUUGGGUGGAUCAGAGACAACAAGCACUACUUUGAACUGGGGCCUGCUCUGUAUGGUGGCCUAUCCAGAUGUCCAAGAGAAAGUGCAGAAGGAGCUGGAUGCUGUUUUGGGUCCUUCCCAGACCAUCUGCUAUGAGCAUCGGAGAGAACUGCCCUAUACCAACGCUGUGAUUCAUGAGAUCCAGCGCUUCAGCAACAUUAUCUCCAUUGGCAUGCCCAGGGUGUGUGUGAGGAACACAACAUUGCUGGGGUUUCCCCUUAAAAAGGGCAGCAUUGUUCUUCCAAAUAUUGCUUCUUCGUUGUAUGACCCAGAGCACUGGGAAACACCUCGACAGUUCAACCCUGGUCAUUUCUUGGAUAAGGAUGGAAACUUUGUGAGCCAAGAAGCCUUCUUGCCGUUCUCAAUAGGGCACCGGGUGUGUCUGGGGGAGCAUCUGGCAAGGACUGAGCUCUUCAUCUUCUUUGCCAACCUGCUACGGGCAUUCACCUUCCGGCUCCCUGAGGGAGUGACGACCAUCAACACGGAGCCCAUUUUUGGGGGCACGCUGCAGCCCCACCCCUACAAGGUUUGUGCCAUCCCACGCUAG